GAUUAACUGGAAGCAACGUGGACUAUAUCUAGUUGUUUGACUCAGAAAGGUGGCGCUAUUUGAGUGUACAAAUCAAUGUUUUAGCCUGCUGAAUGGCUGUAGCCGCCGACUCCUCUGCUAUGGAAUGGUUUCACCCAGGUCUAAUCAGCAUCCGACAGUGAGCCCGUGUCCAUACAGCCUGUUUAGAAGGAUACCACUGGGAACUGUAUGAGAUAUCUACCUUGUGCAAUCCCUGCAACCCUUGCUUGAAUUCUCAGAAGAUUCAAGCUUUCUUAAUUUGGUGAAUGUCUAACAAAAGCAACAGAUCCUUUUCUCCAUCUUUGUCAACUUUUUGCGUGCCACCCUGAACUUCACUAGAGAUGAAUUACACGGCAUUCAACGACACCGACACUGGUUUGUUCUCCAACAGCAGCGAUGGCUUUCUCAAGUGCUGCAACAUGUCCUCGGUGGUCACGGACAGCGGCUUUGAGGCGACUGCACUGGCCGAGCGGAACUUUUUCAUCACGCGCGUGGUCCAAAUUGCUGUCAUGUGCGUGCUCUCACUCACCGUGGUUUUCGGCAUCUUCUUCCUCGGCUGCAACUUGCUCAUCAAGUCCCAGGGAAUGAUCAACUUUCUAAUGACGGACAGGAGACCAUCCAAAGAUGUGGAAGCUGUGAUUGUUGGCACGUAUUAGAGCAGAUGUUCCAUCUGAAAAGACGACAUACACACAUUUAAGUAUUUUGCGAAGAUAGCACUCACUCUAACUGCAGAUGGACGCAGGGGAUCUGAUGUUUUGGCAGACAGACAGACAGAGAAAUUCUUGCUUUAGGACUAAGAACCUUGUUUCUAGAAAAAAAGCCAACGGCAUUUCACCAUCUUAAAUCUUUUUACGGAUCACUUCCAACAGGGUCUUAACCACUGUGGAUGUAGCCCUUGGAUGGACAUGUGUUAUCUUUGUAGUUCUUAAGAAAAUAUUAUAUGGAGAUGCUCCGAGAUACAUGUCGGUGUGGGAUUUUGAUACACGUUCUCUUAACUGAUUUUGGAAAUUAUAUGAAAUGAAUGUUAUCUGUAGCCUAUAUGAUCAAUGUGAGUGUGUUGAAGAGCCUUUGUAUUUUCGUUUAAAUAUGACCCAGGAAAUGUCCAGGGUAACAUUCCAUUAGUGAUACAAUGCAUGUUUUUAAUCGUAGUCCAAAGAAAUUAAAUGAAAUGUAGGCUACAGUAUUUGGUUAAUAAAUGCCACCUGGAGCUAGUUGUCAUUCAA